GCGGUGCAGCAUCUGAUUAUAGACACCAGUCAGGAUCGUGGAAGGAGGACACGUCGCUUUCUAGUAAAACCCAUUCUAUAAACCUUUAGAGGUAGGCGCACAUGUUUUGGUGAAACAGUAUUGUGUGUUUCAACCGAAGAGAAUACACCGAGCUUACGAACUUAUUCGGCUCGGGCAGAGGUAACCAUGGCCGAAGGUGGACGACGUCCUGUCAUCGUGGAGUAAAACUUCAGAUCAGUUCAUGUCACACUUCAUGAAGGUUUUACAAGUGAAGAAAACACAAGAACCGAACAUCGGACUGCUGAAGCGUCGCCUUGGGAGGGAAGCGACCGAUCGACCCCAGGUGGAUUUUCCUCUUGGUUUGUUCCUCCAGCUCGGAGAGAAACAGGCUUUCCUUUCUCUUCUGUCUCCCAGGCCUGAGGAGACAUCCUUUGGGACAUCUGUCCGUUUCUGUUUUUCAUCUCUGGUAAGUUUGGUCUCCAGUCGCCAUCAUUCUCUGCUGUAAGGCCGACAGCAAAAUGUCUUCCAAUGGAGACCUCAGUGACUUCGGGAGCUGCGAUAGCUUCUGGGAGCCCGGAAACUACAAGAGGACGGUGAGGCGGGUAGAUGACGGCCACCGGCUGUGUAAUGAGUUGGUCAGCUGUUUCCAGGAGCGGGCUAAGAUCGAGAAGAGCUACGCCGUUCAGCUCAGUGACUGGGCCAAGAGGUGGAGAAGUGUGGUUGAGAAAGGGCCUCAGUAUGGUACACUGGAGAAGGCGUGGCACGCGUUCAUGCAGGCGGCCGAUCGGCUCAGUGAGCUCCAUCAGGAGCUCCGUGACCGGCUGGCAGCAGAAGACAACGAGAAGAUACGAAAUUGGCAGAAAGAAGCCUUCCACAAGCAGAUGAUUGGAAGUUUCCGGGAGACAAAGGAGGCUGACGAUGGCUUCCGCAAAGCUCAGAAACCCUGGGUCCGCAAAUUGAAAGAGUUGGAUUCAAGUAAAAAGAGCUACUAUCAGGCCAGGAAGGAGGAGUGGUCAGCCAUGAACAGGGAAACGCACGCCAAGGCCGACCCAUCCAAGUCUCAAGAGGAAGUCCGCAAAUAUUCGGCCCGCGCGGAGCGAUGCAACCAAGAGGCCGAAAAGGCCAAAGAGCGUUAUGAAAAGGCCUUGGACGAGCUGAACCGCUGCAACCCCCGCUACAUGGAGGACAUGGAGCAGGUGUUUGACCUCACCCAGGAAGCUGAGCGCAAGAGGCUGUGCUUCUUUAAAGAGGUCCUGCUGGAUAUCCACACACACCUUGACCUGUCCAGAAAAGAAGGGUUCCGAGAGCUGUAUCGCGACCUAGGUCAGACCAUCCAAGCAGCUAAUGAGACAGACGAUCUGCGAUGGUGGAGAAACACCCACGGGCCUGGCAUGAGCAUGAACUGGCCACAGUAUGAGGAGUGGACUCCGGAGACAAAUCGGACCAUCAGCAGGAAGGAGCGAGGUAUAAACUCUCACGACAGCGUCGUUACCCUCACCAACAUCGUCUCCUCGGGAGGAAAUGACGUCCCACCUAGUCCCAUCACCCAGAAUGCAAUCAGGGUUGUGAAGGAUGAUUCUUCCGACUGGUCAGACGAGGAGAACCUAAAGAAGUUGGCUUUGAACGGUGUUGGAGAAGCGGGGGAUAAAGGGGACCCGCAGGUAGAGGGUGUGCGAGUCCGGGCGCUCUAUGAUUACUCGGGCCAGGAGGCUGACGAACUCAGCUUCAAAGCAGGUGACGAAUUGCUGAAGCUGGGCGAGGAAGACGAGCAGGGCUGGUGUAAAGGACAGCUGAGCAGCGGCCAAGUGGGCCUCUAUCCCGCCAACUACGUCCAGCUGGGUGCAUCCUGAUGACCCACCCUCGCCGUCCACAUGGCUGACGGUACAACGAAACUCAAGAUGCCUGGACCAAUCCCAAAACGAUCAGUGCUGCCAUGGCGGCACAUUUGGACAAUUCCGAAUUCAUGUGUAAAACUCAUCACAGUUGUUUUUUUCCCCUUCUUUAUUUGUCUGUUGAGCACAAAACAUAGAAAGAAUUACCAAGAGAUAUGAAACAGGUUUGGUUCCAAACUGUGAUUCUCGGCUUUACAUGUUCUCGUGAGUUAUCUUGUUACAUGCGCAUUUCAUGAAAGAAGAAAUCCCUCAUCUCGAGGGAGCAGCCACCUAACUUCAUCAUACUUUUCUAGAGUGUCCGAAUCGAGUCUGACAUUAAGUCAGUGGGACGCUACGCACGGUAGCUCGAAUGCUAGCCAGGUUCAAAGAUAAGCUAAGCUAACUUGUGGCAACAUAUGAGUGGCAUUGCAUGAUAAAAUGCCACAAUGAACUUUACAGUCGUCGCUUUUCAACACUAAAAUCCAAUGAAAUAUUGUAAACAGAAAGUUAUAUUGAAAAGUCAAAUAUAUGUUUCAAACCAAAAGAGUAUUUUAGGUGAAGUUUGAGUUCAGCUAUAGAUUGCUUCACUUUGGUUUUUCUUCCCUCCUGUCUGUCUGAGGGAUGACAUCGCCUGCUGACUGAUGGUGCCGUGCUCAAGGCCUGCCGUCAUCUCAGCAGAGGAUGCACAAAAGUGUAUUUGUUCCCAGGAGCAGUUUCCGGAGGAUAUUUGUGACAUGAAUUCAGUGAAUCUGCCACCCUCCCUUGCCCUCCCUGAGCUUCACUUUUUAAUGACUACGUACGGCACGUUCAUGUUGAUUGUGACAUUGCAUUCACUUGACCUGUUCUAUCUUAUAGCUGUGUGUAAUGGCUUUUUUUUCUCUUCAUAUUUCUGGUUUCCUUGACUAUACUGAUGCUGGGGGGCUAGACUUCGAAGAUUUGAUCUCUGCUGAUUUUGAGUGUCAAACUUUGGUGUGGUUUAAGUUGCCGUGCAAACAACAAGUAGCACGCUUGUUAAAUGUUUCCAUUUAAGGGUUUAGGCUUGUGGCAAGUUUGACAUUUGUCAUAAUUUCAUUGGAUUAAUUUAAUGACAAUGACCUUUCUAACAUCAUUUAAAAGCGUCUGCACCCAUUUCAGAGUCCUUUCUUCCCUCACUGUGUAUUCUGUACAGCGCAUCAAGUUGUAAAAAGCAACAAUAAAGAUCUUUCUACAAUACA